UAAAGCGCAAAAGCGGUUUGCGUUAAAAAACAACAAAAACAUGAUACAUUUAAGCUCACACUAGCGAAUGUUCAAUUGACUUAAGUGACUAUAUAAGAGGUAUUAUUCGCCGCUAAGGGGAUCAGUAUUUCGGCGUCGAUUAUGGAGCUACCACUUGCCCUCGUCCUGCUGUCCGGCUGUGCUCUCGGCUACGCCCAUGGACACGCCCUUCAAUUACCAUCAGGCGUUCAAAGGUGCGAACUCAUGGACGAUAGCUGCCUGCUGAAAGGAGUGGAGUUUGUUUUAAAAAACUACGCCAAGAGCGGCGUCAAAGAACUUGGACUGAUUCCUCUGGAUCCGCUGCACAUCAACAAGUUCCAAAUCGGCAGGAACCCCCACAGUCCAGUAAACAUAGAUCUCAGUUUUCGCGAUGUUGAUCUCCUCGGUCUAGGCGAUGCGAUUCCCAAAAGAGUGGGUGGAUUCACCCUAAACCUGGGACGCUCUAUAGAGCUGGUAAUGGAGGUGCCCGAACUAGCUGUAAAAGGACCUUACUCCGUGGACGGCAGGGUACUCAUUUUGCCCAUUGUUGGCAAAGGCAAUGCCAAAAUUAUACUAAAGAAAAGCAGAAUCCAUGCAGUGAUCAACUUUAAACCCGUUUCCAAGGGAGAGCACCAAACGUUUGCCGAGGUGGUCGACGUCAAGGUAGAUGUGAGUCCAUCGCAUGUCACCUACCACUUGGAGGGCCUCUUCAACGGGCAAAAGGAACUCAGUGAUAACAUGCAUGCUCUGAUCAACGAGAACUGGCAGGAGAUAUUUAACGAACUCAAGCCGGGUAUUGGAGAGGCUUUCGGUCUAAUCACCAAGGCAGUGCUGAGCAAAGUUUUUGGCAAAUACCCGCUUGAGCAGCUCUUCAUUGUUUCUAACUAACCCGUAGAGUAAAAAUGUUAUAGAAUUUUUAAUUUUGUGAACAUUUAUUGACUUUAGAAAUUCAAAUGCAAAGCAGACCUUGACUACAAAGUUCCUUAAUAAAUAUGACAUAUAAUUAAAAAAUAAA